UAUAUAGGCAAGCAUCUGGAAACUACCUUCACUUUGACACCCUAGCUCUCUGUGGCUCAAGGCACUGUCCUCUCAGGACACAGGCUUCUAAGGAGCAAGCCUGACACUAUGGGGAAGGGAGACAGCACGGAGGCAGUACCAAACACCACAUCGUAUCGCUCUGUCCUGGAGGAGUACAAUUACAAGGUGGGCAAGGUCAUUGGCACUGGCUCCUACGGGACCGUGUAUGAGGCUUACCACACAAAGCAGAAGGUCACGGUGGCUAUCAAGAUCAUCUCCAAGAAGAAAGCCUCUGACGACUACCUUAACAAGUUCCUACCCCGUGAGUUACAGGUCAGUAGUGAGGAUGGAGGGGAACUGGACGGCGGCACUAAGCUACUUGAGGUUUCCCAGAAUGGGUAUGGCUAGGCCUGGUUGGAGUCAGUACCUCAAACCAGACCAAACA